CACCAACGGUUGAGUUUCUCACCACAAAUAGCGCCGCGAAGACUUCUGGAAGUUUGAGGAUUGCCGCUUAUCCAUUUUGCCAAAUCCAACUAGCAUAAUGUCACAUACCACUUGUAGAAACUCACAAGACAAUACUAGAGCUGUUUUUCAUUGUUCUGUAAAAGGCAUCAACGAGGAAUCAGUAAACGACCACAAGCAACCAGUUGAAGCUACCAAUAACAGUCAGGUUAUCAACAAAAGAAAGAAAAACUAUUCAGAAAGGAACCACAAUUUAUGGCUGAGGAGAGUACGCAGGCUUUUGUUUCCGGAAAGAGAACAAUAUCGAGAGUCUUUGUUGUAUCAAGUUCCGUUAUGGGAAGAUGAAGGGGAGGAUCAGCUACAAUCAAGAGAAAAAGAGUCUUUUCAUGAAGAGUUGUUACAACUUUUGCGACAAAUUCAACACAAGAAAGUAGAAGUUUUUAAGGCUAGAUGGAAUUUCGAUCCUUUAACCCAAACACCUUUGGAAGGAAGAUGGAAGUGGACAGAGUUGCCAGAAUAAGAGUUGCAUUUUCUAUUCCCUUUUUGUAUAUCGGAAACAUAACAGAAUGAGACAAGAGUAAACCAACCGGAAACAUU